UCUAGCUCGACAAUUUUACGUUCGAGUUAUCUUUUUCAUAAAACAUGGCUGCGUCCAUUCCAACUGCAACCAGGUCAUUUAUAAAAUUUAUAGGGAGUGAAUUAUGGUUUUCGACUGGUUACAGGACACCGUCAAAAUGUCUCACAAGAACUUUAACCACACAGAGCGUCGUCAGCACUGAUUCUGAGGUUACACGACCAAAAAGACGAGCAGAAAAACUCAGUGCAGCAAUGAAAGCCUUUCUUAAAAGGGCAAAAGAACAUGAGUCAAAAAUCAACAAGUACACGGAGGAGUACGAGCUUGGGCGUAAACACUUGGCCAACAUGAUGGGCAUCCACCCCGACGAGAUGACACAGGAACACAUCAAUGAAGCAAUACGAUAUUUACUACCAUCAGGUCUGUUUGACAAAGGUUCAAGGCCACAGUUUAAGCAUCCAAAAGAUAUCUUGCCAUUGAAUUUUGAUUUCCCGUUUGACAAGGCCGGCCGACCAUAUCAUUAUCAGUAUUACACACUGCUCCCAAACUACCACGGCAUCAUGUCUGAAGCAGCCUGGAGGAUGGAGUGUUUGAGGGAGGAAGAAGUCAGAAUUGGGUCAACAGGUGCCCCUCCUCAAGAAGAAAUGAAACAUCUGAGUGAGGAAUAUGAGUGGAUGGACCUGAGGACUUUUCUGAACUAUUUUAAGUCAAAUCACUCAGAAGUAGUCCAAGUUAAUGAGCAUAAUCGAUUCGUGAUAUUGAUGACAAAACUUUCCAAAAUGAGGCUCCGAGAACAAGAUGUUGCUUUCUUAAAACAGUUUGGUAGUCCAAAGACGUCUGAGAUCAACGUUAUGGAUACAGAAGAAAUCAAGAAAUUCUAUGUGAAUGAGCAGGGACGAAAGUUUAGAACAAAAAAUGGCUACAGGAAAUCAGCGAUUGCACAGGUGACAGUGUAUGCAGAGGGAGAAGGCAUCCUGGAGAUUAGUGGGAAAGGAAUCGAAUAUUUUGAAUCCCAGUAUGCCAGGGAGCAGGUGUUGUUUCCUCUGGUGCUGACUAGUUCCCUGAAUAAGGUGGAUGUUCACGCCCGGGUAGAGGGAGGGGGAGAAAUGGGACAGUCGGGCGCCAUCAGGCACGGUCUGUCUAAUGCCCUACUCCCCUUUGUGUCACAGCAAAUGGUCAAUAAAUUGUCUUUGUCUGGCCUCCUGGAUAGGGACAGCCGUGUGAAGGAAAGAAAUAAGCCCGGACAGAAGAAAGCUCGUAAACAGUUCCAAUGGCGAGCACGUUAAUAGAAAGGGUUGGAGGACUUUAAGAUGUAUUUGUUUGUUUGUAGAAGUAAAUUUUAUCAUAUUUCUAAAUGUUCCUUCUGUUGCUUUAUUUUAUGAGCAUUUUUG